UCUGGUUCCAAUGACACCCAAGACGCUCCCUCCCCAGAAGCGGGCACGCGAAGAGGCCCAGGAGCGCGACGAGGCCGACUGCAGCGGCGGGUGCGGGGAGCGCCGCGCCGCUGCCGCAUAUCCCGCCGAACCGGGGCCCUGGAGGUGCACAAAAUGCGAGAAGCUCAUCGGGUGUGAGGUCAUCGCUCGGCGCGGCCGUGAGUACGAGCGCGGCGUCGUGCAGCAGCGCGACCGCAACAGCCAGCUUCUCGUGCAGUGGUGGGAGGAGGCGGCGACCGGGUCCAAUGAGAAGGGCCUCGCGCCCGAGUGGGUUGCCGAGCGACACGCGGCGCUGGCCGCUCCGGCGGAUGGCGAGCGGGUGCGGCGCGGCAUGGCGGUGCUAGCAGAGUGGGUGGACGGCCGCUUCUACUGCGCCACUGUGCAGGGCGGCGCGGCGCAGGCCCGCGUGCUGCUCCAGUUUGAGGACGGGCUCAGGUAUGAGGCCGGCCUCGACGCGCUGCGGCCUCUGCUGGACAAGCCGCUCCUGCAGGCGGCGCACUCGCCCCCCUCGUCCGCGGUGCGGGAACCGCGCUCGUCGCUGCAGCGGAUGCUUCCCGCCGACCUGCCAUCCGCCCGCGCCGCCGGGUACGGCCCACUGGCGCAGUCGAUGGACCGGCUCGAGGCCGUCUGGCGCUGCUCCGGCGCCUGGAGGGCCGAGCACGAGGCGGCGCUGUCUUUCUUUGAGCUCGCCUCCAUCCUGCAGCGCAUCGACUUCGGCCUCGAAGAGAUGACGGCCGAGGGUGUCGCCGCGCAGUCAAAGUCCUUUACGCGGGCAAUCGGCAGGCACCGGCAACGGCUCGCCCCCCUACCCCCACGGCACCAGCAGCGCCUCAUUCAGCUCCUCGAGGCGCGGAUGCGGCAGGUGUUUGCGCUCGCCGGCUUGUGGCGCGAGUGCCACGCGAGUCUACGACGAGGAGUGGGGGCCUGCGGCGAGUCUACGAUGAGGAGUGGGGGCCUGCGGCGAGUCUACGACGAGGAGUGGGGGCCUGCGGUGCGAGUCUACGACGAGGAGUGGGGGCGCGAGGCUUCCAGCCCCGGCCCGGGGUGA